AUGACUUUUGCACUUGGAGAUGUUUUUCCACAUCGUACUAAAAUAUUCAGGAGAUACAGAGAAUUCCGAAGGAGAAAUUUCAGUUUGGAGGAUGCUGAGAGAGCGGGCAGGCCACGAACAUCAGCUACGGAGGAAAACAUUGCUGCUGUGAGAAAAAUGCUUGACGAAGACAGACGAGUGACCUACGAGCAGAUAGAGGAUACCUUAGACCUUAAUGCACAAGCAAUUCGUUCGAUUCUGCAUGAUCAUUUGCAAGCGAAGAAACUUUGUUGUCUCUGGGUACCACACACACCGACUGAAGAGCAGAUGACACGACGUGUGACUUGGUGCCGGGAGAUGCUAAAAAGGUUUUCUAAGGGUCAAUCUCGGUAUGUAAACAGCAUCGUGACAGAUGACGAGACUUGGUUGUACUAUCAUGACGUGCCAAACAAGACUCAAAACAAAGUUUGGUUUCUUGAAGAUGAGGAGACACCCAUCGCUGUCCAAAAAUGGUAG